AUGUCGUCAGGCUGGUGCUGCGGAGAUGACCCGGUGGGGAGGGGGUCCAUCCCCCUGGACAUCGACAACGUCCACAUGCUGCUGCAGGUGGAACAGGAACAGAUUCAGAAGAAGACCUUCACCAACUGGGUCAACGCUCAGCUGGCAAAGCGGAGGCCUCCCUCCGUGGUCCUGGAUCUCUUCAGCGAUUUCCGCGACGGCUCCAAACUGCUGGACCUGCUGGAGGUGAUGAGCGGCCAGCGCCUCAGUCGGGAGAGAGGCCGGGGGAUGUUCCAGCACAGGAGCAACAUCGAGAAAGCCCUUUCCUUCCUGAAGGGCAAGUCGAUCAAACUGGUCAACAUCAACAUUCCUGACAUCAUCGAUGGGAAGCCGUCCAUCAUCCUGGGCCUCAUAUGGACCAUCAUCCUGCAGUAUCACAUCGAGGAGCUGGCCAGCAGCCUCUCGUUCAGUUCCCGGCAGUCCUCCAUGGAGUCCCUGGCCAGCCUGGACUCUCGCUCCACCCUGUCGGGCCGCUCCGGCGGCAGCAGUCCGGUUCCCCCAAGAGGAUCGCCGCUGCACAACCGCUUCCGGGUUUCUGCCAAGAAGGCCCUGCUGCUCUGGGUCCGGGAACAGUGCCACAAAGCCGGCUGCACGAUCAACGUGAAAGACUUCAAAGCCAGCUGGAGGAGCGGAGUGGUCUUCCUGGCCAUCCAGUACGCUCUGCGGCCCGACCUGGUGGAUCUGUCCAAGGCCAGGACCCGGAGCAACAGGCAGAACCUGGAGGAGGCCUUCCGCAUCGCCGAGAGGGAGCUGAGGAUCCCCAGGCUGCUGGAUCCCGAUGAUGUGGACGUCCGAGACCCCGAUGAGAAGUCCAUCAUGACCUACGUGGCCCAGUUCCUGCAGUACUCCAAAGACCUGCCAGUGCCAGAGGAAGACAUGCAGGCGACGCCCGCUCGAAAGGCCCAGGAAGUGACCUGCUGGCUGGUUCAGGCCUACGAGGAGCUGCUGGAGGGCUGGGACUCCACCGAGGGAGAGAGCUACUCCGAGAGAUACCACGUGUUUCAGACCUUCCUGGUGUCCUUCAACGAGCAGCGGCGUCCCAUCAUGCCGUUGUUGACGGCGAUGAGACGAACGGCGAAGCCGAGCGAGGAGCAGCGGGCUCUCAGGGAGGCGUGGGACUCCCUGGCUGAGAAGCUCCACGAAUACAAAGUGGACCUGGACACGGGUCUGCCGCCCCCCUUGGACUCGGUGGCUCGAUGGCUGCUGAGAACGGAGAAGGCUCUCGGCGAGGAGGACGGCGACCCGCAGGACCACGGCCGCGCCGCCGCCGCCGCCAGGGAGAAGCAGGAGCUCCUCAAAGUCUGCCUGGAGGAGAUGCCGCAGCAUCUGAAGACCUUCCAGAACUUCCAGAACCUGGACGAGUGUGGAAACUUGAUGGUCCCCGCAGACAAGAUGGACGAACUAAAGAGGAGGUUCACCAGCGUGAGAGUGACGGCUAAAUACCACGGGAUCAAGCUGGAGUACUGGGAGCAGCGCCACUCGGUCCUGGACCUGUUGGGCCAGAUGAGGACCAAGCUGCGGGUCUGGAAGAGGCCGUACGUCUCCCCGGAGGCUGUCCGGGUGCUGCUGCAAGAAUGGCAUGAUCUGGUGAACACACAGGAGCUCCCUUCUCUGCUGGAAGCGGCGCUCCAUAAGCUGAAGCAGGUCUCUGAGAAAUACUCGAGCAAGUCCGCCCUCGCCGCAGACUUCCAGCACGUCGGUCAGCAGGUGAAGCAGCUGGAGGACGACACCGCCGGGGUUCUGGAAGACGUGACCGCGGCCAAGAGCGCCAUGGGCCGCGUGCUGUCUGCCUGGGACUCCUACAGCGACGGCCUCAGCUCCCUGCAGGCCUGGCUGGAGCAGAGCUCUGCGACACGCAGCCACAGGCCCACGGUGACGUCCGACGCCGUGGCCGAGUGGGGCUCCCGACAGGCCAACCUGAACGAGAUGGGGAACUUCCUGAUGGAGUCCACAGACCCUCAGACCAGCAGGAUCCUGGCGGAGGAGCUGCGCAGACUCAACUCUCACUGGGCCGAGUUCGUCAAGAGAAACGCAUCCGACCGCACGGCGGACCCCGGUGCUGAUGUCCAGACCAGAUCCCAGGACCUCCAGGCUCUGAUCAAAGAGGCCACUCUCAUUCUCAAAGAGCCUCUGGAGACCAUGGCGGCGCCCUUACGCACCUACAGAAAGAGAAUACAGUUCACAAUGAGGAAAAUAGAAGGAGUGGAUCUCGAGGCUCUGGCUGCCUCCCCAGAAUGCCCAGCGGAGCAGUUGCAGAAACUGAAGCUUGCUGCACCUGAAGUGAUGCAGACCCUGUUUGAGGCAGAACAGGUGUGUGCAGAGAUGCAGCACAGUGUGUCGGGUCUGAACAGUCGCCUGGCUGAACUCCUUUACUGGGAGACUGAGGCCCGGGAGCUCUACCAGCUGCUGAGGGCCGCAGAGCGACAACAACAGCAGCAGCGGGGCCAGGACCCACGAGCCAGGGUCCUGAUUUCCCGUGGUCUGCAGCUGGAGGGUCAGGUGGUCACAGAGGAGCAGGACCUGCAGGUGCUGGUGAUGACGAGUCAGAAGACCUCUCCCAUCCAGUACCUCCACGCCUCCGCCAUGCAGGACCGGGUCCGAGCCGCUGUUGCACAGUCACAGGAAGCUGUCGGCAUGCUGAGCAGCCUGGGAGCCAGAAGAGACCGAAGCAGGAGCCCCCCAGAAGGGUCCCCUCCAUCAAAAGUCUGUAAGCAGACCAAAGAAAAGCCUGAACAUCUGAGAGAGUCGGACUCAGUCGGAUGGCCAACUCCGCAGCCCACUACCAACUUAGUUGAGUCUCAUGGAACCUUUGUGCCAAAGAUAGUGGUGCAGGAAUACAGUGACCAAAAACCCGCUUCUCCACCAAUGCCAUAUAGCUACGCACAGGCUGUGAUGCAGACCGGGACAACUUCCCCAACAGAAGGCAAGGUUCAGGCCUGGGUAGAGACCACUGGACAGCAGACUCAGGAACAUGGAUGGAUACAGCAGCAAGAGCAACUUAACAGACAUAUGGAAGAAGAGUUAAAGCAGCAAGAACUCAUGCAACAGCAACCACAACCAGCGCACCAGCAGGGGUCAAUGCAAACACAACAGCAGCAGCAGCAGCAGCAGGAACAACCACAAGUGGUGGCGCAACAGCAGCAGGUAGAAAUGCAUCAAUACCAAGUUCAACAGCAGGUGGUAACAGACAGGCAAACAUCAGAGUUCCAGGAGCAGCCUUCACGUCAACCACCUGUGAAGAAGACGCCUCUUAGCUCCCAGGAGCUUCAAAGCAGAAAGACUCAGUCAAUGAAGAACCGGCCCUGGCUUCAGAAGCCAACUUCAGGAGAGCACAAAACUCCAGAAAAGGUUUCCACUCAGAAAACAGUUCAGACGAGACCGACUCGGCCACAGUCGGACAGAGCGGGAUCGGCUCAGGUUGUUUCAAAGCAUACGGCAACUGAGAAACAAGCAAAGGUCGCCGAGCAGCCGCAACAAAAACAAACGCGGCCUCAAAAUCUAAAGCUGCCGCAGAAACAACAACCACGUCGGGCACAAUUGCUUCAGCAACAGGAAGAACAACCGCAGCCUACUGAAAGACGGGCUCAACCAGAUUCCGAGGCUAACUCCCAGACUGGAACGAUGGCUCAGCCUCGCCCACUAACGAAUGCCCAGAAGCAGUCGCAAGCCCAAACUAUGGUUCGGUCUAAAUCUCAGACGGCGAGUGUGUCCGACGUUACCACAGAUGGUCAGCAACCACCGAAGUCCAAGUCCCAAACCGUAGUGAGCCAAGGUCAGUCACAGACACAAGUUCUUCCACAGCCCCACGGCCCCAUGAAAACGCAGUCAAUGACCAAGCCACAGACGCAACAACAGCUCCAGCACCAGGUUCAGACUCAGUCCGAAACAUAUGUCCCGGCUGGACCUCAGCCGUCUAUGCAGCCACAGGGUCUAGCCCGUGGCCCAGCUGUAGCUCAAAUGCAGACAUGGGGUCAAGUCGGACCUUCUUCCCCUAUGCAGGCUCCACUGCAGGGCCAAAUUCAGCCUCCAGUGCCAUCCCAUAUUCAGCUUGGUAGUCAUCCGCAGUCAUGGGCCCAUGUCGGGCCACCCUCCCCUAAGUCACCAACACCUCAGUCCAUGGUCCAUCCUCAGUCCAUGACCCAUCCUCAAAGCCAUGUUCAGACUCAACAUCAAACUCAGGCUCAACUUGUAGUCCAGCAUCAGAGUCAUCCUCAGUCUAUGACUCAGUAUCCCACACAUGCUCCACCAGAGGUCCAGCACCCAGCCCAUAUUUCCCAGGGCCAGCUCCAUGCUUGGACUCAAGUUAGAGUCUCAUCCCCAAUGUCUGUCCAGCAAGGUUUGGCACAACCUCCACUUUUCCCCCAAGGCUAUUCCCAGGGCCAGUCCCCAUCCCAGCACUGGACACCCACACAAGAGCCACAAAACCAACCCAUUGCCCAGCAGAGUCAUCCAAUUCCUCAAACCUACCCUCAGCAAAUAAGCCAGGAUCCAAAGUCUCAGGCUUAUCCAGCAGUUCAGGCUCUACCGCAGUGGCCCCCGACUGGGCCCCAACAAGGACCUCAGGUCGGGCCCCUCGGCUAUUCUCAAAUGGGACCAUUGUAUACUCGGCCUCAAAUGCAAGCACAGGCCCAACCCUGGGCUCAAACACAACCCCAAACCAUGCAACAACAAUCUCAGAUGAGUGCUCAUAACCUGUUUCAGAUCCAGACGCAGCAAGGCCAAGUUCAGCAACAGCCUUGGGUUCAGGCACCGCCUCAGCUUCAGCCCCAGACUUAUGCCCAGCUUCAAACUCAGCAAUUUUCACAGAUUCAGCAUCAAACUCAGCGCCACCCUCCGCCUCAGAUGCAAGCUCAAAUACCUCUUGAAUUGCAACCACCUAAUCAAGCCUAUCCUCACCUUCCUUCCCAGCCUCAGCUCCAACCCCAGCUGCAAGCCCAUACCCAAACACACACCAAGACGCAGUCAUCGGUACAAGUAAAGGUCCAGACUCAGCAGCCUCAGCUCAAUCUUCAGUUCCAGCAGUCCAAACAUCCGGCCCAGCUCCAACCAAAGAUUAAGUCACCAACUCAACCCAAAGUUGAAGCACUUCCACAACUCAAACCUCUGGCCCAGUUAGCGCCACAACCAGGGGUUCAAUCACAAACUCAGUCUAAGGUCCAGUCACCAACCCAACCCAAGGCUGAAUCACUGCCUCAACUUCCUGAGCCCCAGUUGGCACCUCAACCCAUGGCUCAGUCGCCAAUCAAGGCUGAAGCACCCCCAAAACCCAAACCACAGGCCCAAACAGGACCACUACCCGAAGCUCAAUCGGGAACUCAACCCAAGGUUCCGUCUCCAACCCAAACCAAUGCCCAAUCCCCCCCACAGGCCGGACCUCAGACCCAACCACUGUCUCCUCUGCAGCCCAAAGCCCAACAGCCCCAAACCAUUCCCCUCUCCCAGGUCAAUGUGCUGCCUGAGUCCCCGGCUGAGUCGCCAGACCUGUGCUUCAAACCUCCGCCACUGGCCCAGGCGCCUCCCCAGGCCUACACGGAGGCCUACGCCAAGGCCCAGGCUUUAGCCAGAAACGGCUUUGAGGAGGCCAAGCACUGUCUGCAGGAGCACAUCCUGGAAACCAUGAACAAGUGUAUGUCGGCCAAGCAAGCAUCAGUGAAAGAGGAGACCCUGAAGACCCUGGACCCGGAGCUGCUCGAGGAGUUCCUGAGAGCAGCCAAGGGCAUGGAGGCCUUCUGCACCCCCUCCCAGCUCAGAGACAUGGAGUUCUUCACCCAGUCCGUCCGGACCCAGUGGGAGGCUGUGAGAGCUGAUAUUUCAGGAUUUUUGCAACAAUUACGUUUUGAAGUAACGAGGAAAGACUUUAACAAAGCUGCCCUGCAGUGUGAGACGCUCUUAAGCUCCCGCUUAGAGAGCCAAGCGCAGGCCUGUUUCUCGGCAGAGGGGAGCUUCGCCCAGGCCGGGCAGCACCUCGAGGCCCUGAAAGAGCUGUGUGACACCCUGAGCCCCCAGGACGCCCACCGCCUGGCCCAGACGCAGCUGAGGGAGUGUGAGACCAGGCUGGCUGCCAUCCAGCGGCAGUUCAGCGGAGAUCAAGACGCACCGCUUCCUGAUCCCAGGAUUCCUGUUGCCUUCACUGAAGAUGCGAGCGCUCAAAAGGAGCCCACGAGACCAAGUGACAGACCUCAGGUCUCAGCCGAGGUUGUUCUAGGGACAAUGAAGACAGUCGGCGUGGAGAGGAGGGAGGUUGAAAAGCAGCCGCCCGGAGAGGAAGAAGUCACCAAAAAGGAGACUUUAGAAAGAUAUGAGAAUUGUAAGAAGUCUCUGCAAGCCCGACUGGCUAAAAAUGACCAGAGCAUCAAGGAUGUCCCCUCUGACUCGGUCUCUCUGAAAGGCCUUCAUACCCGGCUCCAGGAAAUACAGUUCUUGAGGCAGGAGACGGAGUCUCUGUGGUCUGAGUACUCAAACCAGUGCUCCCAGUUGAGCACCACUGGCCUGGAGCAGGAGCAGGCAGAGCUGCGUGAGCAGUGGCGCGGCCAGCAGUCCAAACUCCAGAGGCGGGGCAGCUCGCUGGGCGCCGCCCUCAGACAGAUCGACUCCACCGAGAACCACAUGGUGGACUUCACGGACCGCCUGGACCGCUACCUGAGGCAGCCCAAAGACAUCACGGCCUUCACGCUGGUCAACACCAACAUCCUGAAAGAUAUCAAGGAGCUGGACGACAACAUCCAGAGCGAGCUGGACCAGCUGGCCCGUCUAGACCCUGAAUCCAGCGAACUGGACUCCAGAGACUGCCUCCCUCUGUCCCGUGAGGUGGAGACCCACAGAGCCAGCCUGGAUCAGCUCCGACAGCAGGUCCGGAAGAGCGAGGCUGCCGCCCGCGCCCUCGACCGCUUCCUCAUGUCCUUGCGUACCGUGGACGAAGACGUCUCCGGGGUCCAGGGCGCCCCCUGCAGCAACACCGCGGUGCUGCAGGACUGCCGCUCCAAGCUGGCUCUGAUCAGGCAGAGCAUCGGCAGUCUGAAGGAGAAGGCGCCUCAACUGGACGCGCUCCUGCAGGGGGCCAGGCUGACCGUCACCAGGGAGGGGGUCCCGGCCUCCUGCCUGGACAUGGUGACCGCCCUCCUGCUGAGGCUGGAGGAGGCGGACGGCGGGCUGGCCGGCCAGCAGAAGGGCCUCCAGAAGGAGACGCAGAGCAAAUCGCUGGGCCUGAGGAAGAGGGCGCUGCUGGGGGAGCUGAGGAAGCUGCAGGAAGCCAUCGAGACCCAAGGCCUGAAGGAGCCCACCAUACCUGCCGUGCAACACAGGCUUCGUGCCCUCUCGGACCUGGAGGCUCAGCUGCAGAACCAGCACUCGGAGCUCCAGAACCUCCGGGAGCUCCAAGAGAAGCAGGGAGGAGGAGAGCACCUCCUGGAGGAGCUGGAGACUCAGUGGAAGGAGAUCCAGAGGGCUUUUUCUGACAGGAAGAAGCAGAGCAGCGUCGUGCUGGAGCUGCUGAAGACGUUCCAGAGCUGCCGCGGUCAGAUGAGCGGCGCGGUGCAGAAGGCGGAGCAGGCCAUCGGAGACCAGGCCUCCUACCUGAGCAAAGACAACCUGCAGAGGAGCAUCGCUCGGGUCCGUGAGACUACGGAGGGGCUCGGGGGUGUCGGGCUGCACAUGGAGGAGAUGAGGGCUGUUUGCAGGCAGCUGCAGGUCCAACUGAAGAAGUCCCCCGACUGCAGCGAGCCGCCCUUUGAAGCCGAGGCCGACGCGCUCAUGGACAGCUGGCUGGAUAUGACAGAGAAGACGGAUGCCUACAUGGACAACCUGCAGGUGGGGCUGGAGCUGUGGGAGAAGCAGCUCAUGCUCGCGGAGGAGGUGGACGGCUGGGCGGGGGCCAAACUGGCCACGUUCGCCGAGAGCCAUCCCUUCCACAACGAGCAGCAAGUCCUCGCCAUGAGGGACGAGAUCCACGCCAACGAGGACAACGUGGAGCACUUCCACAAGAAGUCUGUAGAGAUCCAGGAGAUGCUGCAGAGUCCCGAGUCGCCACUGGAGCUGCAGGUGACGGAAACCCAGCUGAGGAAGAGGAUGGAGCAGGUGAAGGAGCUGUUCGCCGACUGCACCGACGUCUUCGAGGAGCUGGUCGCCGUGAAGAAGCACCUGGCGGAGAAGAUGGAGGAGUGCCGGUCGGCGGUGGAGAGCAUCCAGCGCUCCGUCAGCAAAGUGGACGCGUCACAGGCGAAGUUCGGACAGCAGAUGCAGCGGGCGCGUGGCGACCUGGAGGCCCAGGAGCAGCAGGCCGAGGCCGUGCUCGGCGAGGUCGGCCUGGUCUCCAAGGUGGCCAGCCCUCAGCUGCUGGAGGGGCUGUCUGCAGACGGCGGCCGGCUGAAGGAGGCCAUCGCCCGCACCAGAGACCUGAUCCACCUGAAGAUCCAGGAGAAGGACAAGGGCCUGCUCAAGGUCAUCAGAGAUGAAAGGCAGUCGUUUGAGGAGUGGUUCCAGGACCUGCAGCUGUCCGUCAACGAGUGCUUCGAGCAUCCCGAGAGCCGAGCGGACGUGGAAACGUGCCUGCAGAGACUCGCUGGGUUCUUCUUGAAGUCCAAGGACGCAGAGCGACGUCUGGAGCAGCUGAAGGAGCAGCUGCAGAGAGGCGGCCCGCAGGUUCCUCCGCGGGAGCUCUCGGAGUUCGGCGACUGGCUGGCGGAGCAGCAGAAGGAGGUGGAGACGUUCACGACGCACUGCCUCAACAGGCAGAAACAAAUGGAGCCGCUCCUCGGCGACCUCGACAGUCUGCAGGAGCAGCACAAGAGCUUCAGCGAGUGGCUGCAGAGCAAAGAGAAGCAGUCUGUGGAGUCGCACCACGUCAACCUCCUCCUCCAAGAGCUUCAGGCCGAGAGCGGCCGAGAGGAGAGCCUCGAGCGUCUCUUGGCGUCGGUGCGCAGAGAAGGCGUUAGAGCUGAAAGCCUCCUGAAGGACGGGGACAACCUGAUCCAACGCUACAGGAAGCUGCAGAGCCGGCUGCAGGGCCAGAGCGCGCUGGAGGCGGAGCUGGAGGCGGAGCUGGACCGGUUCACCGGCCAGGCCAAGACCACCAGGACCUGGAUGGCCGACCUCGUACGACCCCUCGCCUCCAAAGACGGAGAGGAGAGGAAGCACGGAGCGCAGGCCGUCCUGAACUCCAGACCAGAGGGAGACCUGAAAGUGAAGAACCUGAGGAGACAAAGUGAAGGUCUGUGUGCGCGGGAGGAGCUGGAGAAGAGCCGGAAACAGGAAGUUCAACGGUCGCUGAGAGAAACGGAGGAGCAGUGGAGGACGGCUCUGCGGACGGCCGAGGAGAACCUCAGGGAGGCGGAAGCACGAGCCAAAGACACGGAAGUCCUCAAAACCCAGAACGAAGACCAGGAGCAGAGCCACCAGUCACUUGGUGGUCCCAUCCCAGUUAAAGAAAAGCUCCAGGUUGCAAACGCCCCCCUGAGCUCCGGACCCGAUGGGGAUCUGAAUGAGAAGCCGGACGAGAGGCGAGAGGCCGAAGCCGAAGCCCAGAGGGACCUGGACGCUUUCAAAACCCAAAGCGCCAGCGUCCAGGCCUGGAUCCAGGAGCAGAAGCAGAAGCUGCUGUCCCUCGGGAGUCACAUGCCGUUUGAAGAAAGGUUAAAGGUCACACAGGCUGUUUUGACCUCCAAACCCGAGGGGGAGUCCAAGGUGCUCCUCCUGACGACGCGAGGCCGCGGUCUGUGCGAGCGCCUGGAGGAGGGCAGGAAGCUGGAGGUGCAGCAGGAGGCGAAAGACGCGGAGCGGCGCUGGAGGAGCGUCCUGCAGGCCGCCGGGCAGACGGAGCUCCGGACGCUGUCGGACGACUUCGACGCGCAGAGCAGGAACACUCAGUCGUGGAUCCGAGAGCGGCAGCAGCAGCUGCAGGCGGUGGGCGGGCACACGGCGCCCGGCGACAGACGCCACUCGGCUCAGAACAUCUUGAGCUCCAAACCCGACGGCGACUGCACGGUGAACAACCUGAGGAGGCGGGGCCAGAGUCUGUGUGACCACCGGGACGUGGACCAGGGCCGCAAGCUCCACGUCCAGAAGACCAUCCGGGACUCGGAGGAGCAGUGGAGGACGGUGCUGCUGGCCGCCAAGCAGGUGGAAGUCGCCGCCGCCGCCGAGAUUACCCAGAAGGCCGAGAGGCGAGCGUCGGAGCUGAGCGGGUUUGAGAGCCAGCAGCAGGACGCCAGCAGCUGGCUGGCGGCUCUUCAACAGCAGCUGGACGCUCUGGGAAGCCAAAGCAGAGCCGAGGACCGGCGGCACACGUCUCAGAUUGUCCUGAGCUCCAGAGGUGAAGGAGAGUCCAAGCUCCAGGAGCUGAGGGCGCGAGCCCAGAGCGCGUGUGCUCAGGACCUCACGGAGACCCAGAAGCAAGAGGUCCAGCAGACAGUCGGCGCCGUGGAGGAGCGCUGGAAAAGGAUCCUGCAGAACGCCAAAGAGGCCGCGGACCACGCCGAGAAGCAGCGCGCCCUGGAGGGCCGGCUGAAGGUCUACGAAGCCGUGAGGGACGACACCAGAGCCUGGCUGCAGGACCAGCAGCAGAGCCUGGUCUCCCUGGAGAGUCAGACCGAUCCAGAGGAGACCAUAAGCACCGCACAGACUAUCCUGAGCCGUAAGCCCGAGGGAGACUCCAAGCUGACGGAGCUGAGGAGGCAGAGCCAGAGCCUGUCGGACCAGGAGGAGCUGGAGGAGGAGGCUCGGCAGACGGUCCGAGCCUCGGAGGAGCAGUGGACCACGCUGCUGCAGGCCGCCGAGAGCACGCUGAAGAACGCCGAGGUGCAGUACUCGCUGUCCAGGGAGCUGGAGGCGUUCCGCAGCAGAGCGGCGAGCGCCAACGGCUGGGUGGCGAAGCUGCAGCAGCAGGCCGGCUCCAGAGGGAGCGGCGCCCGGGGCAGCCGGGCUCAGAUAGAGGACCGGCUGAACACGGCUCAGGCCAUCUUGAGCUCCAAGUCCAAGGGCGAGGCUCAAGUGAUGGAGCUGAGGAGACGAGCACAGAGUCUGCGUGAGCAGAGAGACCUGCAGGAGGACAAGAAGAUGGAGGUGGAGAAGACGGUGGAGGAGGGCGAGCGGCAGUGGAGGGCGGUGCUGCAGGCGGCCGACGAGACUCAGAGGGAGCUGAAGGGCGUCGUGGAGCGCAUGGCGUCCUGUCAGUACCAGCGAGGUCAGUCCGAGACCCGUCUGUCCGAGAUCCAGAAGCAGACGUCCGGCCUGCCGCACGUCUUCCCCUGGCCGGGCCUCGGGGAGCGCAGGCAGGCGGUGGAACAGGCCCGGACUCUGCUGGAGCAGAGCGCGGCGUUGGCCCUCGUCCUCGUGGCCCUCCGCACAAAGGCGGCGGAGCUGUUUGAGAUCACAGGGGACCCCGGCUGGUCCGAUCCGUCCUGGGCCGCGCCGGAGGAGUCCAUUCCUGCUCUGCUGAAGGAGCUCACAGACGCGGUCGUGGACCUGGAGCUGGGCAUCCAGGCGGAGAGGCAGUGCACGCAGCUGGUGGAGCAGCACGGAGUGGCCCAGGACUGGCUGAGGGACCACGUCAGAGGGUGGGGAGCUCCUCCGGAGGACCGGCGGGGUCUGCACAACGCGGUCAACACUCUGAAGGCUCUGCUCCAGACCGUGGACAGGGAGCAGCGAGAGAUGAAGGAUCUGGACUCCGCCAGAGACGGCCUGCUGACCCUCUGCACCCCUGGAGGUCGGGACGCCCUGACCCUGGAGGUCGGCCGUCUCCACGACCUCUGCGCCGGCUCGGAGCAGGCGGUGAGGCGGCGCCUGGCGGCCUGCGAGGCGCGGCUGGAGGAGCAGGACGCUCAGCUGGCGAGGAGGGCCGAGGGGCUGAAGGAGCGAGCUGCAGCCCUGCAGUGGGAGCUCCGCUCUCUGGACCGGGCGCUCGGUUACAGCGAGCCGCAGAACAACAUCGCUCUGCUCCAACAGCACUGGGGCGGCCUCCAGAACUGUGAGAAGUCACUGAGCGAUCUGGGCGUGAAGGUUCAUGACCUCCACCAGGAGGUCAAGGCUACACCGGCCGCCGACGAGCUGCCAACAGAGAUCCUGAGUGUGGUGAAGUCCUUAUGCCAGCAGCGCGACAGUCUGAAGUCCCGGCUGAGCGAGCAUCAGGAAACCUGCUCCACCAACACAGCUCGCUGUCUGAUGGACGGUCUGCACGCCCUGCAGGAAUGGAACCACAGUUCACCAGCGCAGUCCAGCUCUUCUGUGCAGGUGACGUUAGAGGAAGGUCAAAGGUUGCAGGCGAGCCUGAGGGAGGCGCUUUCCCACCAGCAGUUUCUAAAAGACUCUUUGAUGCCCGUCCUGUCUGAGAAGCUGCUGCUCGAGGGUUCAGACACGCUCAGGAAAGCAGACGCACAAAAGGCUUCUCUCAACCAGAGCUUAAAGGAACUGGAUGCAAAGAGUAAACAGAAGCUGCCUGAUGUCCUCCUCGGUAAUCCCAAGACGUCCGUCAUGGCGCCGCCACGGAAAAGCAAGCGCUCGCCUGAGAAGACGCAUCAAGUUAAACUCCAGAAAAACUUUCCCUCAACAGAAGCACCUACAUCUACUGAGGAUGAGACGUCCGUUCCAGCGGAGCUGCAAUUUCAGGCUAAAGCAUUGACGCCUACUGUGACGGCUGUUGUUGAAGACGUGACGGUUACUGGAGCGAAGCAAACCAGAAGUCCAACCAGUCCUUCGGACCCUUUAACAGCUCAACGUGACAACACUUCGGAAGACUCGCAGUGUAAAAGUAUAAAGCUAGAUGCCACGGCUGAGCCGAUGAAACCUGCGGUUAAAGAACCCGAACUGAUCCACGCGGUCACUGAGCAGUCUGCACCCGGCGUUGGUGAGAAAACCACACUCGUACCUUCCAGGGGAAAGUCUCUGGCCACAGACACGGAGUCUUCCAAGACUCAGGUGGAGCCUGAAACGGCGAAGACUGUUAUUACUCAAGGCUCACCCAGAAAGCCCGUCGUAACUGCUGCUGUGGAUGAAACGAAGCAGAUAGCGACCGUUGUUCUGGAUGCAUCGGAGCCAUUCGCGUCCGUCCCUGUGACAACUGGCACCAGUCAAGAGUCAAAGAGUCCUGACGUGUCCUUGAAGACUGUUGAUGCAAAACCUGCACAGAUCAAAGGCGACGCUGAGGAUCUCCAAACUUCAGCGCCUGUCACAGAAACGGAUGCUGAGCAACCUAAGUCUAUUCCAAAGGGGCAAGAGUCCAAGAGUUCUGACUCUUCCACAACUUCUAAGCCAGUUUCUACCCAGAGUAUAACUACUGAAGACGAUGCAGAGUUUAAGGAAAGUAAGAAAGAACCUGAGGGAGCUGCUCAGGGGAUCUCACCGCCAGUAGAAGCUGUUAAGGGAGAAAGUAAGCUCUCGCCAACCAGAAGGAAGUCAAAGGAGAAAUCACCGACCGUGGUGAAGUCUGACAGUCCGACAUCUUCACUGAGAUCCAAGCAGCAAACUGAAGCAGCUGUUGUGGAGGAAGAAGCUACGGUUGUACAAACCAGGAGGAAAUCAAAGGGUCUCGACGUUUCCACUGUUCCAGAGCCGGUGUCGAGUGUGGUGAAGGAUCCUGAGACGUCUUCAUCCUCGGAGUUUGUUCAAAACACUGCGGUUUUGGAACAAAGUGAGACAACACCCGACCAGCAUGCAGCGCAGAUGCCAGAAGAAGCUGAAAGUCAGAGGACUGCUUGCAGUUUGAGCGAGCAAAAGCUUGUUGCCCAGAGCAGAACUACUGUCUUGGAACCUGAAGAUGACAAGAAAGAACCUGCCACCCUGAAGUCUUCUACAACUCCACAGGUGCUCACAGAAUCGGCUAAAACUACUGUGGCGAAAGAAAAAAAACUUUCUCCAGCCAAAAGAAGAUCACAAGCUACCAAGGAGGUGUCAGGGACGAUGCAAGAGCCCGAAAGUCAGAAGCCUACAUUGAGCUCCGGAGAGCAAAAUGAAACCGUUGUUGUGGAAGAAACUAAAGUGACGCCACCCAGAAGGAAAUCAAAGGGUCUGGAGGUUUCCACAGUUCCAGAGCCAGUGUCCCCCCUCGGUAGAAUUACUGCUGUGUCUCAGUCUCAGGAAACAAAACAAGAACCUGAAAGUGAUCCCGCAACCCCAGAGUUUGUUCAAGGGAAAGCCAAAACUGCUGUUGUUGAACAAAGUAAGCUUCUACCACCCAAGAGAAAGUCCAAGAGUACAGAAGUCCCUCUCAAACUAGCUGCAACUGAGGCACCUCAGACAAAGAUAGAACCUGAAGAUAGAAAAUCUUCAUUGAGUUCCAAUGAUCCAACUAAAAGUGUUAAGCAAGAAGCAACGCCGGUGCCAAGCAGAAGAAAGUCCAAGAACGCGGACCUUUCAACAACUUCAGAGAAGGUUGUUACCCAAAGAUCACCUGAUGUGGAGCCUGACAAACACAAGAAACAACUAGACGGUCAAAGGUCUUCGAAUCCAGAUGUGGUCACGGGGCCAACUGGAAGUCCUGUUGUGGAAAGAGGAGAGCGUUCACCGACCACAGGAAAGUCAAAGGGUCCUAAACGCUCUCCAGCUCUGGCUACCAAGAAGCUGACAAAGACCAAGGAAGAACUUGACAGCCAGAGGCCAUCUUCAACUCCAGAGGUCCCAGCAACAACUGAAGUUACUGUUAAGGGAAAGCUUUCACCAACCAAAAGAAAGUCGAAGGGUCUUUCCCCAGAUCUUGCUUCCACAGAGCUGACGAAGACCACAAUAAAGUCUGAAAGUCAGAAGCCUUCUUCAACCCCAGAGGUCACAGCAAGAACUGAAGUAAAUAUUUUGGAAAAAGGAGGGAGUUCACCUACCAAAGGAAAGUCAAAGGAUCUGAAACGUUCCCCAGACCUUGCUACCAAGGAGCUGACUCAGACCAAAGAAGAACUUGACAGUCUGAAGCCAUCUUCAACUCCAGAGGUGGUAACCGCACCAACUGAAAUGACUGUUGUGGAAAAAGCUGAUCUUUCACCAAUCAAGUCAAAGGGUCUUGAACAUUCCCCAGAACAUGCUGCCAAGGAGCUGACUCAGACCAAGGAAGAACUUGACAGUCUGAAGCCAUCUUCAACUCCAGAGGUCGUCACAGAACCAUCUGAAACUACAGACAUUGCUUUUAAGGAAAAGGGUAAACUUUCACCAACGAAAAGAAGGUCGAAGGGUCCGAAACUUUCCCCUGAUCUUGCUACCACAGGGAUGACUCAGACCAAAGAAAAACCUGAAAGUAAGGAGCCAUCUUCAACUCCAGAGGUGGUAACAGCACCAACUGAAACUACUGUUGUUGAAAAAGCUGAUCUUUCACCAAUCAAGUCAAAGGGUCUUGAACAUUCCUCAGACUUUGCUACCAAGGAGCUGACAAAGACCAAGGAAGAGCUUGACAGUCAGAAGCCAUCUUCAACUCCAGAGACCGUAACGGCACCAACUGAAACGACUGUUGUGGAAAAAGCUGAUCUUUCACCAAUCAAGUCAAAGGGUCUUGAACAUUCCCCAGAACAUGCUGCCAAGGAGCUGACUCAGACCAAGGAAGAACUUGACAGUCUGAAGCCAUCUUCAACUCCAGAGGUCGUCACAGAACCAUCUGAAACUACAGACAUUGCUUUUAAGGAAAAGGGUAAACUUUCACCAACGAAAAGAAGGUCGAAGGGUCUGAAACUUUCCCCAGAUCUUGCUACCACAGGGAUGACUCAGACCAAAGAAAAGCCUGAACGUAAGGAGCCAUCUUCAACUCCAAAGGUGGUAACAGCACCAACUGAAACGACUGUUGUGGAAAAAGCUGAUCUUUCACCAAUCAAGUCAAAGGGUCUUGAACAUUCCCCAGAACAUGCUGCCAAGGAGCUGACAAAGACCAAGGAAGAACUUGACAGUCAGAAGCCAUCUUCAACUCCAGAGACCGUAACAGCACCAACUGAAGUAAAUAUUUUGGACGAAGGAGGGGGUUCACCUACCACAGAAAAGUCAAAUGGUCUUGAACAUUCCCCAGACCUUGCUACCACGGAGCUGACAAAGAUCAACGAGCCUGAUAGUCAGAAGCCAUCUUCAACUCUAGAGAUGAUCACAGCAAAAACUGACAUAAUUGUUGUGGAGAAAGGAAAGCUUUCACCUACCAAAAGAAAGUCUGAGUCUGAGAGUUCAGAAGUUAAGGCUGAUGUUCAAUCAAGUGUCCCUCAAAAUGUGAAAUCUGCUGAGGAGAGUCAAACGACUGUUAAGAACGUCAGUCCAGCGUGUGAGAAGGUUCCUGUUCCUGUUGGUGGCAUUCUGGACACAGUUGUGCAACCAUCAGAAGAAUCUCCUCAUGCUGAACCUCUGGAGUCUGUCCUUCCACCCAUUACCAUCAUGGGUAAAGGUUCACUUCCUGAGUCUCUGGAGACUUCAGAACAAGCCAUAACCCUGUCUACAGAAAGGGACUUAAGUGCAGUGCCUCCAACACAACCCCCUCUCUCCACCGAGCCUUGCGUUUUGUCAGACGACAUGGACACGUUGUGGAAAAACACUGGUGAAAUUCAAAAGAGAUAUCUGGUCCUGGAUGUGCCUGAAAUAGAUUUCACCCAGACAUGGGAGAUGAAGCCAGAUCGGCAAGAGACAAAGGGUGUGGCUGAAGGGUACUCCACUCAACAUGGGGAACCGGAAAGACCCCAAAAGGUCAAGGAUCGUGAGGUGCAAGAAGUGCACGCUAAGGUUUGGCCAAAAGACGUGCGUGAUGCACCCCAGAGCCUGGGUGAAAAGUCUGUUAGCAUGGAGAAAAUCCACAUUGGGCCUGAAGUGCGCAUCCUACAACUAGAUAUACCGACCCCUCUGGAGAUGGAUGAAACAUCUGUGACGAGAACAAAAGAGACAAGAAUAGCCAUUGUUCAAAAACGUAUCCAGAGUGAAAGAGCCCAAGAAAAUAAAGACCACACUACACCUGAUGUUAAGCCAGAGAAGACUGCCGUAGUGGCUCAGAGUGACUCCACUCAACCCACCUCGGCUGCUUCUGCAGCAGUGCAGCCAAGUGAAGUAGAUGCACCAUUUGCAGAAGUAAGCUUAUCUGACCAAGAAGUCAAAACAAGCAAAACAGGGAUUGAACAAGAGCUCCUGAAAACCACACAGGUAAGACCCAAAAAGGACAAUGAAUGUGAUGUGCAAAAAGUGCAUGCUAAAGUGUCCACAAAAGACGUGCAUGAUGCAUCCCAGAGCAUGGAUAAAAAGUGUGUUGAGAUGGAUGAAAUCCACAAACGGGACGAAGUUCAGGCCACUAUAAAGGUGCAUGACAUCUCAUCUGUUAUUAUGGCAAAUGCACCAAUGAUUGAUGUAGAUCAAAUGAGUAUCCAGGAUGAAAGAGAGCCUGAAAACAAAGACCUGACUUCAAGAAAUGCUCCUGAAACUACUGACAUUCCUUUUAAGGAAAAGGGUAAACUUUCACCAACAAAAAUGAGUUCAAAGGGUCUGAAACGUUCCCCGGAGCUUGCUACCACAGAGCUGACUCAGACCAUAGAAAGAUCUGAAAGUAAGAAGCCAUCAACUCCAGAGGUGGUGACUGCACCAUCUGAAACUACUGUUGUAGAAAAGGCUGAUCUUUCACCAAUCAAGUCAAAGGGUCUUAAACAUUCCCCAGAACAUGCUACCAAGCAGCUGGCAAAGACCAAAGAAAGACCUGAAAGUCAGAAGCCAUCUUCAACUCCAGAGGUCACAGUAACAACUGAAGUAAAUCUUUUGGAAGAAGGAGGGUGUUCGCCUACCAAAAGAAAGUCAAAGGGUCUGACACUUUCCAAAGAUCUUGCUACCAUGGAGCUGACAAAGAUCAAAGAAGUGCUUGACAGUCAGAAACCAUCUUCAACUUCAGAUGGGCGCACAGCACCAACUGAAAUGACUGCUAUGGAAAAGGGUAAACCUUCACAAAUCAAAAGAAAGUCAAAGGAUCUGCAGCUUUCUCCUGAACUUGCAACCACAGAGCUGACGAUGACCAAAGAAAAACCUGAAAGUAAGAAGCCAUCUUCAACUCCAAAGGUGGUAACAGCACCAACUGAAAUGACUGUUGUGGAAAAGGCUGAUCUUUCACCAAUCAAGUCAAAGGGUCUUGAACAUUCCCCAGACCUUGCUACCAAGGAGCUGACAAAGACCAAAGAAGAGCGUGACAGUCUGAAGCCAUCUUCAACUCCAGAGGUUUUAACAGCAAAAACUGAAAUGAUUGUUGUGGAAAAAGGAAAGCUUUCACCAAUCAAGUCAAAGGGUCUUAAACUUUCCCCAGAUCUUGCUACCACAGGGAUGACUCAGACUAAAGAAACGCCGGAAAGUAAGGAGCCAUCUUCAAUUCCAGAAACGGUAACAGCAAAAACUGAAAUGAUUGUUGUGGAAAAAGGAAAGCUUUCACCUACCAAAGGAAAGUCAAAGGGUCUUCAGCUUUCCCCAGAUCUUGCUACCACAGGGAUGACUCAGACCAAAGAAAAGCCUGAAAGUAAGGAGCCAUCUUCAACUCCAAAGGUGGUAACAGCACCAACUGAAACUACUGUUGUGGAAAAAGCUGAUCUUUCACCAAUCAAGUCAAAGGGUCUUGAACAUUCCCCAGACCUUGCUACCAAGGAGCUGACAAAGACCAAAGAAGAGCGUGACAGUCAGAAGCCAUCUUCAACUCCAGAGGUUUUAACAGCAACAACUGAAAUGCUUGUUGUGGAAAAAGGAAAGCUUUCACCUACCAAAGGAAAGUCAAAGGGUCUUAAAAUUUCCCCAGAUAUUGCUACCACAGAGCUGACUCAGACCAAAGAAAAGCCUGAAAGUAAGGAGCCUUCUUUAACUCCAGAGAUGGUAGCAGCACCACCUAAAUUGACGAUUGUUGAAAAAGGAGAGCUUUCACCUACCAAAGGAAAGUCAGAGGGUCUUAAAGUUUCCCCAGAAAUUGCUACCACAGACCUGAAAAAGACCACGGAACAGCCUCAUAUUCAGAAGCCAUCUUCAACUCCAGAGAUGAUCGCAGCAACAACGGAAAUGCUUGUUGUGGAAAAAGGAAAGCUUUCACCUACCAAAGGAAUGUCAAAGGGUCUUAAAAUUUCCCCAGAUCUUGCUACCACAGAGCUGACUCAGACUAAAGAAAAGCCGGAAAGUAAGGAGCCAUCUUCAAUUCCAGAGACUGUAACAGCACCAACUGACAUUAUUGAAAAAGGAGAGCUUUCACCUGCCAAAGGAAAGUCAAAGGGUCUUCAGCUUUCCCCAGAUCUUGCUACCACAGGGAUGACUCAGACCAAAGAAAAGCCUGAAAGUAAGGAGCCAUCUUCAAUUCCAGAGGUGGUAACAGCACCAACUGAAACUACUGUUGUGGAUAAAGGAGAGCUUUCACCUACCAAAGGAAAGUCAAAGGGUCUUAAACAUUCCCCAGAUCUUGCUACCAAGGAGCUGACAAAGACCAAGGAAGAGUGUGACAGUCAGAAGCCAUCUUCAACUCCAGAGACCGUAACAGCAAAAACUGAAAUGAUUGGUGUGGAAAAAGGAAAGCUUUCACCUACCAAAGGAACGUCAAAGGGUCUUGAACUUUCCCCAGAUCUUGCUACCACAAAGCUGACUCAGACUAAAGAAAAGCCGGAAAGUAAGGAGCCAUCUUCAACUCCAGAGACGGUAACGGCACCAACUGAAAUUAUUGCAAAAGGAGAGCUUUCACCAAUCAAGUCAAAGGGUCCUCAGCUUUCCCCAGAUUUUGCUACCACAGGGAUGACUCAGACUAAAGAAAAGCCAGAAAGUAAGGAGCCAUCUUCAAUUCCAGAGACUGUAACAGCACCAACUGACAUUAUUGAAAAAGGAGAGCUUUCACCUGCCAAAGGAAAGUCAAAGGGUCUUCAGCUUUCCCCAGAUCUUGCUACCACAGGGAUGACUCAGACCAAAGAAAAGCCUGAAAGUAAGGAGCCAUCUUCAAUUCCAGAGGUGGUAACAGCACCAACUGAAACUACUGUUGUGGAAAAAGCUGAUCUUUCACCAAUCAAGUCAAAGGGUCUUGAACAUUCCCCUGACCUUGCUACCAAGGAGCUGACAAAGACCAAGGAAGAGUGUGACAGUCAGAAGCCAUCUUCAACUCCAGAGACCGUAACAGCAAAAACUGAAAUGCUUGUUGUGGAAAAAGGAAAGCUUUCACCUACCAAAGGAAAGUCAAAGGGUCUUAAAAUUUCCCCAGAUCUUGCUACCACAGAGCUGACUCAGACUAAAGAAAAGCCGGAAAGUAAGGAGCCUUCUUUAACUUCAGAGAUGGUAGCAGCACCACCUAAAUUGACGAUUGUUGAAAAAGGAGAGCUUUCACCUACCAAAGGAAAGUCAGAGGGUCUUAAAGUUUCCCCAGAAAUUGCUACCACAGACCUGAAAAAGACCACGGAACAGCCUCAUAUUCAGAAGCCAUCUUCAACUCCAGAGAUGAUCGCAGCAACAACGGAAAUGCUUGUUGUGGAAGGAAAGCUUUCACCUACCAAAGGAAUGUCAAAGGGUCUUAAAAUUUCCCCAGAUCUUGCUACCACAGAGCUGACUCAGACUAAAGAAAAGCCAGAAAGUAAGGAGCCAUCUUCAAUUCCAGAGACUGUAACAGCACCAACUGACAUUAUUGAAAAAGGAGAGCUUUCACCUGCCAAAGGAAAGUCAAAGGGUCUUCAGCUUUCCCCAGAUCUUGCUACCACAGGGAUGACUCAGACCAAAGAAAAGCCUGAAAGUAAGGAGCCAUCUUCAAUUCCAGAGGUGGUAACAGCACCAACUGAAACUACUGUUGUGGAAAAAGCUGAUCUUUCACCAAUCAAGUCAAAGGGUCUUGAACAUUCCCCUGAUCUUGCUACCAAGGAGCUGACAAAGAUCAAAGAAGAGCGUGACAGUCAGAAGCCAUCUUCAACUCCAGAGACCGUAACAGCAAAAACUGAAAUGAUUGGUGUGGAAAAAGGAAAGCUUUCACCUACCAAAGGAACGUCAAAGGGUCUUGAACUUACCCCAGAUCUUGCUACCACAGAGCUGACUCAGACUAAAGAAAAGCCAGAAAGUAAGGAGCCAUCUUCAAUUCCAGAGACUGUAACAGCACCAACUGACAUUAUUGAAAAAGGAGAGCUUUCACCUGCCAAAGGAAAGUCAAAGGGUCUUCAGCUUUCCCCAGAUCUUGCUACCACAGGGAUGACUCAGACCAAAGAAAAGCCUGAAAGUAAGGAGCCAUCUUCAAUUCCAGAGGUGGUAACAGCACCAACUGAAACUACUGUUGUGGAAAAAGCUGAUCUUUCACCAAUCAAGUCAAAGGGUCUUGAACAUUCCCCUGAUCUUGCUACCAAGGAGCUGACAAAGACCAAAGAAGAGCGUGACAGUCAGAAGCCAUCUUCAACUCCAGAGACCGUAACAGCAAAAACUGAAAUGAUUGGUGUGGAAAAAGGAAAGCUUUCACCUACCAAAGGAACGUCAAAGGGUCUUGAACUUACCCCAGAUCUUGCUACCACAAAGCUGACUCAGACUAAAGAAAAGCCGGAAAGUAAGGAGCCAUCUUCAACUCCAGAGAUGGUAACAGCACCAACUGAAAUUAUUGAAAAAGGAAAGCUUUCACCUACCAAAAGAAAGUCAAAGGGUCUUAAACCUUUCACAGAACUCACUAGCGUGGGUUUGUCCGAGGCCAAGGAAGAGCUUGACGGUCAGAAGCCCUCACUGGAUCCUAGAAGUUCAGAGAUGCCUAUUGUGAAGACUUUCCCAGAACAGAUGGAAACUCCAGUUAAGGCUGAUGUUAAUUCAAGUGUCCCUCAAAAUGUUAAAUCUCAGAGUGACUCCACUCAUCCCACCUCGCCGAGUGAAGCAGAGACACCGUUUGCAGAAGUAAUCUUAUCUGACCAAGACUCUGUCAAACCAAGCGAAACGGGGAUCCAACAAGAGCUCCUGAAAACCACACAGGUAAGACCCAAAAAGGUCAAGGACGGCAAAGAAGUGCACGCUAAAGUGUCCACAAGAGACGUGCAUGACGCACUCCAGAGCCGAGACGUCCACCCGAGUGUUCAUGAACACAAAACUGCCAUAAAAGAAAAGGCACGGAUGGAAUCAAGUGUCCAGUUUGAGCCGGAGGUCACCGCCCCUGACAUUCGGCCGGGCGACUCUUCAGACCACACGACCGGGGUGGAGGUGCGAGGAAGCUUCACCGAACCCAGCGCGGUCCCCGGCACCCUGACGGAGAGGCACGCAACAGAUGCAAAGGUGGGCAAGGCCGACGAGACGCCACCUGCAUCACCGCAGGCGGUGAAGAGAUCACCAACCGACGUCCUCUGGGGGGAGGGGACUCUGGUGGAAGGGUUGACCUCUCGGGAGAACAAAGCUCCAGCAGAAGCAAGUGCUGUGGAGACUGAGGAGCUUCUCCAGGAGGAACCGGAGGGAUCCGUCAUGAGGAACAUCUUCACAGAGAUACAGCUGCUCUCUGGGAAAGUACCCAGCAGUCAACUCACCGAGGGUAAACGCCUGGAGGAGUCUCCGGAGGCUCUGAUUGCAUCCGCCAGUGAUCUGGACCUCCAAAGGCUGGUGUCCAAGGUCCUGAGCUGCCAACACUGCCCUGCGGAGCUCAGCUCGACAGCGAUGGCCCAGCAGCUGGAGGAGGCGCAGGAGUGCAGAGACACCGCCCGGGCCCAGGUGACCCUGCUCUCUGAGCUGAGGGGAGCUGACGCUGAGGACCAGGAUGCUCUGCGGCACGCUGAGGACCAGUGGAGCUCCGCUGCUCAGGAUGCAGCUGCUGCCGUCCGGAGUAAAGAGGCCCGGCUGCAGCUGGUGAAGGAUUACUGCAAACAGACCGGAGCGGCCACGGCCACGCUGCAGAGACUCACUGCAGACCUGGAGGCGGUCGGACUGUCCCCGGAGGAGAGCAGCUCAAAGGAGGCAGAGCGACUGUGCUCCCUCCAGAGAAGCAUGGAGGAGAACAGAACGCUGCUCGGGGAGUUGCUCGUGACCCAGACCAAGCUGUGCCCCGACCUCAGCUGGUCUGAGCGAGCGACCGCACAGACCGAGCACGAGAACCUGCAGGAGAGGUGGAGAGGCCUGGAGAGAGCCGUGGAGCGGACGCUGUAUCACACGAAUGUCCACUCUCACAACUCCAGCAGCCUUCUGGCUGCGCUGUCGGGCCUUCAGGAGCAUUUGGAGACCAUCGGCAAAGACCUGGAGCCUUCCUCGGCUCCUCAGUGGACCUGCAAGAAGGGGCAGCGGCUGAUGGUUGCAAACGCUGAGGUGAAAGCUGCCCGGCAGAAAUACCUCCUUCUGCAGCAGCUGUCUGAGGCGAUGCUCCUCAGCUCACAGAGGGAGAAGGAUGCAACGGAGCUACAGCUGGGGCUUCAGAGGGUCCAAGACGAGCUGUGCCACACGGAGGAGCUGGUGUCCUCUCAAACCCAGAGCAGCAGCAGCAGCCCCAUCAUGGAGAAGAUCAUCCUGGUGAUGAGGGACGGCCUCGCUUGGGCCAAGCAGACGGAGAGCGACAUUGAAGGCAGGAGGAAGAGGGUGGCUCUCCUCCCGGAGGAGGUGCACCGGCAACUCCGAGAUCUGAAGCAGCUGCAGUCCGAGGUCAUGUCCAAACAGGUCCAGCUGGAGUCCCUAGCGGAGGAGGUGACGGAGCUCUUCCCGCAGCUGGACCAGGAUGAGGAGGCGCCCGUGGUGCGCUCCUCUCUGAAGUCCCUGGAAGAGCUCUCAAAGUCGACCACGGAGGAGCUGGCCAAUGCUGUGAGGGAGCUCGAGUCCGGACUGCAGACCAGAGAAAAGCUGUCGGCGCAGAUCGCCGACCUGGACUCCUGGGUUCUGGCUCACCUGCACGGAGAGGCCUCCAGGAGUCCAGACAGUGAGUUAAGGAGCCCGACCGAGCUCGAUCGGAGAGUUCGUCAGAUCCGAGAGACGCUGGCGGAGGCUGAGAAGCAGGCCGCUGUCUGCGAGGCUCUCCUCAUGAAGAGCAAGGACAUCGCCUCUGAGCUCAGCAUCACAGAGAACUUCCAGCUGUUUGACCAGCUCACCGACCUGCAGGAGGACGUCCGAGCCAUCAGCAGCUACGAGAAGGCCAACAAAGCGGAGCUGGACGAACUCGCUCAGACUGUGGAGUCGAGCAGGAAGCAGCUGGUCACCAUUGAAAGCGGCCUGAGGCAGAUGUCGGGAGACCUGAGUAGACACAGGUUCCCCAUCACAAGCCAGUCCCUGCAAGCUCUGGAGCCUUUCAAACACGUGAUUCUGGAGCACAAGUCCCAGCUCGACCUCCUGCAGCCGUGGAUUCCCCGAGAGAAGACCAGGGAGCUGCACUCGGCCAUUUCAGAACUCCUCGGCAACAUCGUCACGCUGGAAACCAAAGCCAGAGGUCACGAGAGGUACCUGAGCAAGAGGCAGUGCGUUGAGGACCUCCGGGAGAAGGUUCAGGAGCAGGUCUGUCGGACCAAAGACGACAGCAAGGCGCCGGAGGAAAAGUACAAGGUGUGUCAGACCCUCCUGGUCCAGCUGCCGCUCAUCAAGCACAUGUCCGAGGAGGCCGGCCGCGAGCUGCAGGUGAUCUCCAACGACCUUUACCCCUCGCAGCUGAGCACCGAGCGGCAGAGGCUGAAGCAGAACGAGGAGAGCCUCGACACGUUGGAGAUGAUGCUCAACAACAACCUCAGCAUCAUCGAGUGGAACCUGCUGGAGGAGCUGGACCUGGACGUGGAGAGGGAAGCCACCCUGGCCUUCCUCCGGAAGAGCCGGCAGGAGCUCUGGGAAACCCCCCCGCUGGAGCCCAACGACACGGUCCUCAACAACCGAUUCCAGAGGGUCUUGUCUCUGAAGAAGACCGUCGAGUCCAGAGUGAGAGCGCUGGAGGUGCUGGAGCAGAAGCAGGGAAACGGCCGAGGAAGUGGAUCCCAGGAGCUCAUCGACUUGAAGACCGAGGUCCUGGGUGAAUGCGACUCACAAAUGGAGAACAUCUCCCGGGCCAAGGAGUCUCUGAGGAGCUACACGGGUGCCGUCCGACAAGCGGCGCUCUUCCUGAGGGACGUCGAGGUCUCUCUGCUGCCCCCGCAGGGCUCUGCUGGUCUCUGCUCCGACCGGCUGGAGGAGACCCAGCGGGCCUUGGCCUCGCUGCACCAGGGCUUCCAGACCCACGUGGAGCAUCUCCAGAACCAGGACCCGCUGCAUCCUUACCUGUGCCCCAAGAGGGUGGAGCAGCUGCGGGAGGACGUCCUGAGCCGGCUCCUGGUGAGGAUGUCCACGCUGCAGGCGACGGGCCACAUGCAGCUGGAGCGCCUCGCCAGCUGUGCGGAACAUCACAGGAAAUACAGCGAGAGCCGCGAUGAAAUCCUCCAGAGCGCGAAGAGCUCGGCCGGCAGCCUCUCGUGGUUCAUCGGUCAGAAGGUCACGUGUCUCUCCGACUGCGAAGACCAGCACGACGAACUCACCGUUCUCCGUGAAGAGGCGGAGUCCCUGCAGGGCCGCCUGGAGGAGCUGAAGGAGUGGUGCCCGGAGCAGAGCUGCCGCGGAGGCCGGGACGCCGACGCCGUCUGGAAACGCGUCUCGAGACUCAGUCGCUGCACGCGACAGCUGACGGCUCGCAGUGAGCAGAGGAUCAGAGAAUGGAUCCAAGUCAACAAGAGUGUGGAGAAGGCCUCCGCCCUCCUGCAGCAUGUGGAGGCGGAGCAUCCCGAUGGAUCCCAGGCGAAGGCCUCCUCCGCCGAGGACCUGCAGGACCUACUGCAGUCCUGGGAGCAGUACCAGGACCGGCUGGACUGCGAGCACCGCGCCCUGUCGGCGCUGGAGCUGCGCGCCGCCCGGCUGCUGGGCGUCCCCGCCCACCUGGAGCAGGCGCCGUCCGCUCCGCUCUGUCAGCAGCUGCAGGCCAUGCAGGGAAGCUACGACAGUGUGAAGCAGAGGAGCAGGGAUGGCUUGAUGGAGGCCAGGAUGGAGCAGGAGGAGAGGGAGCAGGUCCACAAGGAGCUGCAGGUCGUGCAGGUGUGGCUGGAGGCCGCAGACGGCCUUCUGUCGGAGAUGGAGCCGAGCAGCAGCACGCAGGAGCUCGAGGAGGUCCACGGCCAGCUGUGUACCCAGAAGGCUUUGCUGCAGCGCAUCGGGGAGAGCCUGAAGAUGAAGUACGCCGAGGCGAGCGCCGCGGUGCCGCCGGAGCUGGACGGCCAGCUGCAGGAGGCCACGCAGGCGCUGCAGCUGGUGGAAGUGAAGGUGGGCGAGGCGGCGGAGAGGAGCGGCGCCGUCUACCGGCUGGGCGCCAAGCUGUCGGAGAUCCUGGCCGGCCUGACGUCGGUCCAGAAGAGACUCGAACAGAGGAGUCCAAACGUGACGCAAGCAAAGGGCACCCAGAAGCGCGCGUGGGACGAGCUGGACGUCUGGCACUCGUGCGUGGCGGCGCUGGAGGUGGACAUGCAGGACCUGGAGAAGCCGGAGGAGGUGCAGAUCCUCACCGAGAGACUGGUGGAGGUCCAGCAGCUGCACUCCUUUCUGGCCAAGCAGGCGGAGCAGAGGACCACCCUCAUCAGCAAGAUCCACACGUGGCUCCAGGAGCACCAGGAGAUGAUCAGCAGCUCCCAGAGCUGGAUGGCCGAGGCCAAGUCGUGGCUGGCGACCCCGUGCACCUACACCACGGCCAAGUGCCUGAGCGGCCACGUGCACACUCUGCAGACGGUGUUGGACGACUCGGCCCAGAUCCGAGCCGCGCUGCAGGGCUUCGGCUCCGUCCUGAAGGAAAUGUCUCAGGUCUGCGACGUCGCGGCUCUCCGGCUGCAGCUGGACGAAGCCGACCUCCAGGUGGCCGUCGUUCAGGAGGCCUUCGCUGCUCCUCUGGCUCACCUGGGCCACGCUGCCGAUGAGGUGGAAGCCAUUGAGAAGGAGGUCAGACGGAUGGAGAACAACGUGGCUGACAUCAAGAUCUUACUGUCGUCUCCAGAGACUUUCCCCUGCCCGAGAGAAGAGCAACUCAAGGUCGUGGAGCAGAAGAUCCAGUCCAUGAGGACGACCAUCGCUGAGAUCCAGAAGUGUAAACAAGGCCUUUGUCUCCCGGAGAAGGCCGAGGACACGUUGGUGGUCUUCACGGUCGUGGACCAGCUCCAGAAUCUACUGCUGGAUCUGGAGAAGAAAGUCCCCGCUCUGUUCAUCCAGCAGCCUCCGACUCCGACUCAAGCCAAAGCUCCGUCCGCUCAGCAGAUGACCUCCCGACCCCUGAAGGUCACUUCAGAGGAGGCGACCUCCGGACCCCUGAAGGUCACUUCAAAGCAGACGACCUCCGGACCCCUGAAGGUCACUUCAGAGGAGGCCGAGGAGAAAGACGUCGAGGGGGGGCAGAUCCGACUAGUCCACGUUAAGAAGGACGCGCUGAAGGCAUCCGGGGCGUCGCUGCAGACGGUGGAGCGGUCCUCACCUGAGCAGAGACAGCAGAGGGAGCGUCUGGUCGGGCUCCAGACCACGGGGCCCACGGGGGCUACGGGGGCUACCAGGGCCACCGGGGCUACCGGGCCCACGGGGGCUACCGGGGCCAUGGGGGCUACCGAGGCUACCGGGGCCACCGAGGCUACCGGGCCCACGGGGGCUACGGGGGCUACCAGGGCUACCGGGGCUACCGGGGCCAUGGGGGCUACCGGGGCCACCGAGGCUACCGGGGCUACCGGGGCUACCGGGGCCACCGGGGCCACGGGGGCCACCGAGCUAACAGGGAGUCAGGAGCAGAGAGUGGAAGAAGGUGGAGGUGUGUUGUGGAGGCUCUGGGAUGCUUUCCUGGCCGCUUCGCCAGAGGUUCCUCUGGUGGUCGUACCUGAAGAGGCUGGAGGGGCCACUGGACGAGGCCCCGAGAGACAGGAUGUUCAGGGUCCCGCUGAAGCAAGUUCCUCCGACACGUUGUCAAACCCCCGGGGAACCGCCCCGGCUCGGUCCCCGCCCGAGAGCUUGGACCCGGAGGAGCCCCGAGAAGGUGUCCUCCAUGUGUGCCUGCAGAGGGUCGGCCAGCUGGAGCUGUGGCUGCGGGACGCCCGGAGGAGCCCGGUAGCCAUGCAGGACAACGUGGAGCUGCAACUCCUCACCUGCCAGGAGAUGUUCCUGGAGAUCGAGCAGAGGGUCUCCGGCCUGUCUCCAGCUGACCGGCUGCAGGACGAGGCGGUCGAGCUGCUCUCCUCCAAACUGGAGCUCCUGAAGGACAAUCUGGUCUCGUUCCAACAGCUGCUGCAGGACCGCCAGCGAGAGGAGAGGAGGGAGCUUCAAGAGAGCAUCGAGAGCUUCAAGAGCCUCAGGAGCAUCGAGAGCCUCAGGAGCAUCGGGAGCUUCAAGAGCCUCAGGAGCAUCGAGAGCCUCAGGAGCAUCGGGAGCUUCAAGAGCCUCAGGAGCAUCGAGAGCCUCAGGAGCAUCGGGAGCUUCAAGAGCCUCAGGAGCAUCGAGAGCCUCAGGAGCAUCGGGAGCUUCAAGAGCCUCAGGAGCAUCGAGAGCCUCAGGAGCAUCGGGAGCUUCAAGAGCCUCAGGAGCAUCGAGAGCUUCAAGAGCCUCAGGAGCAUCGAGAGCCUCAGGAGCAUCGAGAGCUUCAAGAGCCUCAGGAGCAUCGAGAGCCUCAGGAGCAUCGGGAGCUUCAAGAGCCUCAGGAGCAUCGAGAGCCUCAGGAGCAUCGGGAGCUUCAAGAGCCUCAGGAGCAUCGAGAGCUUCAGGAGCAUCGAGAGCUUCAAGAGCCUCAGGAGCAUCGAGAGCCUCAGGAGCAUCGAGAGCUUCAAGAGCCUCAGGAGCAUCGAGAGCUUCAAGAGCCUCAGGAGCAUCGAGAGCCUCAGGAGCAUCGAGAGCUUCAAGAGCAUCGAGAGCUUCAAGAGCUUCAAGAGCAUCGAGAGCUUCAAGAGCAUCGAGAGCAGGUACACACCAUCUCCUCCUCCUCAGACCCCGGCUCCUCCUCCUCAGACCCCAGGUCCUCCUCAGAAGACACCGGCUCCUCCUCAGACCCCAGGUCCUCCUCAGAAGACACCGGCUCCUCCUCAGACCCCGGCUCCUCCUCCAGAGCGCCGGUUGCAGCGCAGCAGCAGCGUGCAGGAGGUGUUCUCCUCCCCGAGGAACAAGCUGCUCAGACAACGCAGCCUGCAGCAGCAGAAGGAGUUUGAGCUGCAGCUGACUGAACAGAGAGGACUGACUCAGGCCAUCGCCAGGCAGGGAGGCCGGCUCCACAGCCAGGAACCAGCAGACCAGGAACCAGCAGACCAGGAACCGCAACGGUCGCCUCCUGCUGAGGCCGACGCGGAGGAGGACGCCGCUCAGAGGAAGUGGGACGUCCUUCACAGCCGGCUGCUGGCUCUGGAGCAGCGCUGGCUGCUUCCUAUCUCUGAGGUGACAGACUCAUCUACGAGGCGCCGCGAUGGAACAGCGGGACGCCUGAUUGGCGCAGAGGCCGUGAAAGAGCUCCAAACCCACGGCAGCCGCCUGAGAGAGCUGGGACUCACGGCGGCUGGGCCGCUGGAUCAGACCUCCUUUGUGGGCGGCCCCCAUCGGACGCUGGACGAGGGUCUGUUUCUGGUCCUGCGCGGGGCGUCCCAGUCCCUGUCCUCCAUCACCAGCCUGCUGCAGUCGCCUGCUGGGACGCCACAAGAGGGCGACGCAGAGCGGAGGCAGCUGCAGAGUCUGUCUUCGGAGCUGGUUACCCUUGGCAGCGAGCUGGCCUCUCAGGGGUCAAAGGUCAGCGGCGUCCUGGGGUCAGAGUGUGCUCAGCGGUGCGUGGACGGCCUGCGUCGAGUGCUUCCUGUGGUUCGCUCUGCACUGACCAGCAGAGAGAAGCAGCUCAACAACCAGCAGGAGGAGCUGACGAGGCAGCGGAUGCUACUAAUGGAGUUGCAUGCAGCCUUCACCUCUAACCAGGCGACGGCUCUCCAGAUAACUAAUGAGUCCAGUGGAACCCUGGACCUGAAGGCUGUGGGUGAGAUGCAGGAGGCUCUGCAGCAGCAGGUGGAGCAGGUGAGCUCCCUGCUGGUGGCUGCGGACCACCUGCCUCCCUCUCUGGUCCAGCAGGCCUCUCAGCUGCAGGGGGAGCUGGACGGCUCUCUGGGUGGCGUUCGCUCCCGCUGCGUGGAGCUGCAGGCCGGCGUGGAGCUGCAGCGGCAGUACGAGCGGCUGGUCCACAGCCUGGAGGGGCUGCUGGCUCUGGGCGCCGAACGCCUCGCCCGGCGGCCCGAUGCCGAGACGCACAGCAGAGCUCAGCUGCAGCAGCGGCUCGGCGGUCACACGAAGUUCUUCCGGUUCCUGGGCCACCAUUUUAACAUCCUGCAGCAGCUGACCCGGGGAGUCCCAGAGAGCGCCCUCCAGAGGUGGGAGGGCGUCGUGACGGGCCUGCAGGACGAGGUGGCCCGACUGCAGCGGCUCGGACUGGAGGAAGGGACCAGGAUGCAGGAAACCAUCGAGACCUGGUCCCAGUGGGAGGAGGACAGCGCCUGGUCGGACUCCUUGCUGAGAGCCAUCGAGACUCCAUUUCCCAAGAUGCACGGGGAGGGCGAUCCCGAGAAGCUCUCCGUCUACCAGGAGCGGCGUGGCGCUCUGGAGGGGAACAAGGCGCGGUUCGGUCGGAUGCUGGAGGCGGGGCUCUGGCUGAAGGGGGCGGGCUGCAGAGCGGUGGGCGUGUCCACCAGCGAGCUGGAGGCCCGGUGGAGAGGCCUGCACAGGAAGCUGGAGCACACACACACCAACGUAGACAGGAACAGGAAGCUGAGCAGCAGGUUUUCUCGUGACUCCGCCGUGCUGGCUGACUGGAUGGGCGGGGCCAGAGAGCUCGUUGACAGAUGCCGUCGGCUCUCCGCCGAGGAGGAGACGGAUGUUGACCAGAGGCGUGACCUCUUCCUGCAGUCGGUGACUUUGGCCAAAGAGCUGGAGGCCAAAUCUGCACUGAAGGCGUCUGUUAUCGGUGCUGGAAGCCAGCUGGUCCAGCUGAGGGAAGAGGACCAGGAGGACCAGGAGGACCAGGAGGCUCCAGACCUCCUCUCCGUCCCCUCCCGGCUCAGACAGGUGGAGCUGGACUGGUCCCGUCUGCUGGCCGACGCGCCCGUCGUCCAGCGCGCUCUGCAUGCGCGAUGGAUGAAGACGUUGAGCCAGCAGGGGGCGCUGCUGGAGCUGCAGGCCUGGCUGGAGGCCGCCGAGUCCCGUCUGGAGGAGCGUCUCGGCAGCGUCGGCCAAAGCUCCUCCGCCAGCGGCGCCCUGCGUGAGCUCCUGAGACACUGCGAGGAGUGUCGGACAGAGAUGUCGGCCCAUCGGGCCACGCUGGACUACGCUAGCCGACCGUUGCAGACGUGCAGCGCCGGGGGCGGCCAGAGGGGGCGCCGUGAACACAACCGGUUUGCAGAGGAGCAGGGUCUGCUCGGCCACCGGUGGCUCAGCCUGCAGGAGACACUCAACUCCCAGCUCCAGGAGGCGGAGCAGCAGCUGAGGAGCCGAGCGGAGCGAGAGGCCCGACUGCAGCAGACCGACAGCUGGAUGGCGGAGCAGAACCUCUGGAUGGACUCGGCUCAGACGGCCAGCAGCCGGGCGGAGCUGCAGCGGAGCGUCGACGCCUGCCAGGAUCUGGAGGAGAAGAUCGGACAGAAGCGUGCAGCUCUUCAGGAGUUGAGAGACGGAGGAGGAAACGGCAGCAGCUGUGAUUUCAUCUCUCGGACGGACAGAUCCAUCCGGGCCGGUGCAGCGCUGUCACAGCGGCGCUCCUCGGUGCAGCGGCGGCUGAUCGAGGCCCGGCGGCUGUGGGACGGCGUGCAGACGCGACUGCGUGGGAUGAGGCUGAAGACGGCGACGACGUCUCAGACGCUGGAUCGCCACGCCGGCUCUCCGCUCUGCCUGCAGGCACUCAGAGAGCUCCACGACGGGCUGCAGCUUCUUCGUGAGGAGACGGACGCUUCGGAGACGGAGUGGGACGAGCUGAGUCAGAGCGCCUCCUCCCUGGAAGACGCCGUCAGUCCGGCUGCCGCCGCCCUCCUCAAGGGGGAGCUGGAGAGACGGAGAGACGGUUGGACGGCGGCGUCCGCGGCGUUGGACCAGCGGCUCCUCUGUUGCCGUGGCGUCCUGCAGCUGUGGGAGGUCUUCGGCCGACUGGCUGCCUCUUCGUCCCUCCGGCUGCAGACGCUGCAGAGCGACGCCGCGUCCUCGCUGAGCGGAGCGGCUGCAGACGAGGACUCUGUGGAGCGCGUCGCCGGCCAGAUGCACCUCGUUCAGAGUCUCCUGGAGAGCACCGACACCCUGCAGGCCGACCUGGAGGGGGUGCUGGAGGCCUCCAAGGACUUAAUUGGCCACCUGGAACCUUCGGCCGCCGGUCUGGUCCAAUCGGAGAGCCGGCGGUUGUCACGCGGCGUCCAGCAGCUCGGCCAGAGGCUGAGGAGGAGGCGGGGCCAACUGCAGGAGGAGCUCGGCCGGCUGCAGGAGUUUGAAGACGUCCUGGAGUCGCUGGAGGAGAAGCUGGAGCAGCGGCUGCAGCGUCUGCAGCAGGCGGCGGCUCGGACCGCGGGCCAGGCUGGCCUCCUGGAGCUGAGCGGCCCGUCGGCUGACCUGGACGUGCUGAACGAGCAGAGCUGCAGCCUGACGCUGGGAGACGCCGCCGCGCGCCGACUGCGGCGCCUCAACCAGCGCUGGGCCGACGCCUCCGCCGGAGUCGAGGAGGCCUGCAGCGAGCUGCAGACGGAGGCCCUGAGGCAGCAGAGCUUCCAGCAGCAGUGUGAGAGCUGGAUGUCCUUCCUGCAGAGGAUGGAGGACAGCCUGGCCGUGGACGUGUCCGGCUCGUACGCCGGCCUGCGGCAGCAGCUCUGCACACACCAGAGGUUCCAGGCCGAGCUGUCCUCCGGUCACCAGAUCCUCCACUCCGUCCUCAACGAAGCGCUGCACCUGCUGCAGAAAGGAGAGGUGGAGGACAGGAGCGACUUCAUCCUGAAACUCGCCCGGCUCCGGGAGCACUGGCAGGGCGCGGUGCAGCGGGCCGACCAGCGGCGCUCCCUGGUGGAGGGGCUGGUGAAGCACUGGCACCUGUACGGCCGCAGCCUGAGGAAGCUGCGGAGCUUCCUGUCGGAGGCGCGGACGCUCCUCCCCCCCGCCGGCCCGGCCCGCUGCAGCCUGCGGCAGCUGCGGCGCUCCCUGCAGGACCUCCAGCACACGGAGCUGCUGUUCCAGAGGCGUCAGUGCAGCUUCAUCCACACUCUGGAGGUGGGUCGGCAGCUCUUCUCCAUGGGGGACGAGGAGACCCAGACCCGGCUGCAGACGGACCUGGGCGCCCUGCAGGAGGAGUGGGACCAGCUGCACAGCCUGCUGGGCCGCCGGGUGGAGCUCACCGGGGCCGUCGUCGAGAAGUGGGAGCGCUGCGAGGUCGGGCUGGCAGAGCGCUCGCUGCAGCUGGAGGACGUGAAGGCCAGGCUGGACCGGCCGACGCCGGAGUCGGACGACGAGCUGCCGAGUGCCGAGAGAGACAACAAGGAGAACGAGGACUCGCUGGAGGACUGGGCGGAGGGCCUGACGGAGCUGAGCGCCAUGAAGACGGACCUGUCCCAGUACAUCAUCGCCGACGACGUCCUGCUGCUGCAGGAGCAGGUGGAGCACCUGCACUGCCAGUGGGAGGAACUCUGCUUCAAGGUGUCUCUGCGUAAACAGGAGAUCGCCGACCGCCUGAACGCGUGGGUCGUCUUCCACGAGAAGAACCAGGAGCUGUGCGAGUGGCUGGCGCAGAUGGAGAACAAGGUGGCGCACAACUCCGACCUCAACAUCGAGGAGAUGGUGGAGAAGCUCAAGAAGGACUGCAUGGAGGAGAUCAACUUGUUCAGCGAGAACAAAAGCCACCUGAAGCAGCUGGGAGAACAGCUGAUCACGGCCAGCAACGAGACGAAGGAGACGGAGGUCAACGACAAGCUGGAGGACGUCAACGACCGCUGGCACCACCUGUUCGACCACAUCGAGGCCAGGGUGAGGAAGCUGAAGGAGACGUUGGUGACGGUGCAGCAGCUCGACAAGAACAUGAGCAACCUGCGGACCUGGCUGUCUCACAUCGAGGCGGAGCUGGCCGAGCCGGUGGUCUACAGGGUCUUGCACGGCGACGAGAUUCAGAGGAAGCUGGCCGAGCAGCAGGACCUGCAGCGGGACAUCGAGCAGCACACGGACAGCGUGGCGUCGGUGCUGACGCUCUGCGACGUCCUGCUCCACGACGCCGACGCCCGCGGCGGCGACUCGGAGAACGACUCCAUCCAGCAGACCACGCGCAGCCUGGACCGGCGCUGGAGGAACAUCUGCGCCAUGUCCAUGGAGCGGAGGAUGAGGAUCGAGGAGACGUGGCGCCUCUGGUGUAAGUUCCUGGACGACUUCUCUCGCUUUGAAGACUGGCUGAAGACGGCGGAGGUCACCGCGGCGACGCCGGACUCCUCCGACGUCCUCUACACCGCCGCCAAGGAGGAGCUCAAGAAGUUCGAGGCGUUCCAGCGGCAGGUUCACGAGCGCCUGACUCAGCUGGAGCUCGUGAACCAACAGUACCGCCGCCUGGCCCGGGAGAACCGGACCGACGCCGCCAGCAGGCUCAAGGUGCUGGUUGCCGAGGGCAACCGGAGGUGGGACAGCCUGCAGAAGAGGGUGGCGUCGGUGCUGCGCAGACUCAAGCACUUCACCUCUCAGAGAGAAGACUUUGAGGGGACGCGUGAGGGGAUCCUGGUCUGGCUCACGGAGAUGGACCUCCAGCUCACCAACGUGGAGCACUUCUCCGAGAGCGACGUGGAGGACAAGAUGAGGCAGCUCAACGGCUUCCAGCAGGAGAUCACCCUGAACACCAACAAGAUCGACGCCCUGAUCGUGUUCGGGGAGAACCUGAUCCAGAAGAGCGCCCCGCGGGACGCCGUGCUGAUCGAGGACGAGCUGGAGGAGCUGCACUCGUACUGCCAGGAGGUGUUCGGCCGGGUGGCUCGCUUCCACCAGCGCCUCGUCAACCGGCGGCCGGUUCUGGAGGAGGAGAGAGAACUGGACGACACACACAGGACGGAGGAGGAGGAGGAGGAGCUUCCAGCAGUGGGUGGAGUCUCCGCUGGGCGCCGGGCCGCGUGCCACCACCUCCUCGCGCCCCCUCUGGAGCGGUCGGGGAGAGAGACCCCCGUCAGCGUGGACUCCAUCCCGCUGGAGUGGGACCACACCGUGGACGUGGGGGGGUCGUCGUCACACGAGGAGGACGAGGACGCCUCCUUCUUCAGCGCGCUGUCAGGGAAGUCCGUGACCGACCCCCCCAGCUGGCAUCAGCCCGGCUCCCCGGAGCGGAAUCGAGUUCCCCGAGAAAUCCUCCACAGCCUGAGCGGCUCGUCUCCCUCGCACACCAGCAGUACCCCCUUCCACCAGCAGGGCUACGCUAAGCUGAUGUCGGAGUGCAGCGGCAGCAUCAACAGCGUGAAGAGAGUGAAGCUGAUCCUGAACGACGAGGAGGAUCUGGAGGAUCCGGGUCUGACCGGCAGCACGGCCGACAAGCAGACCAGCACAGGUGUGAUCGAGCGCUGGGAGCUCCUGCAGGUCCAGAGGUUCCACAGCCAGACGGACGUGGAUCAGGACCUGGAGCAGUGGCAGAAGCUGAACUCCGACCUCCGCGACCUCACUUCCUGGUUGGGCAGGGUGCUGCCGGAGCUCGAGAGGCUGCAGAGCAUCGAGCCGUCCACCAGCACCCGAGACAUCGAGGUCAACAUCGGGAAACUAAAAGAGAUGCAGAAGACCUUCAACAGCUACAAGUGUCUGAUGAUCUCCGCCAACCUGAGCAGCCGCCACUUCCUGCGGGGCGACGGCGCCGAGCUGCGGGACGCCCUGGGCUCGGCCAAUCACAGCUGGACGCAGGCCUGCGGCGGCCUGGAGAGCUGGGAGAGGAGGCUGCACGCCGCACUCAUGCAGUGUCAGGAGUUUCACGAGACGCUGCACUCUCUGCUGCUCUGGCUCGCUCAGGCCGAGAACAAACUGUCGGUGGCGAACGUGGACGAGCGGUCGCUGACGGCGCUGCAGGAGGAGCUGCGCGGCCGCCAGCGGGAGGUCUCCUCGCUGCAGGAGAUCUCCUCUCAGCUGCUCCUGGAGGCCACGGGAGAGGACAGCCUGGAGGCCAAGGAGAAGGUCCACGUCAUCGGCAACAAGCUGCACCUCCUGCUGCGGCAGGUGUCCGGAGAGCUGAGCGCGCUGCGGGGGAGACCGGAGGGUGCAGGUCUGGCUGCAGGUCUUCAGGAGGGUGCAGGUCUGGCUGCAGGUCUUCAGGAGGGUGCAGGUCUGGCUGCAGGUCUUCAGGAGGGUGCAGGUCUGGCUGCAGGUGGACACCCAGUGACUAAAAGGGAGGACAGGAGGCCUCCCCCCCCCCGGCGGCCCUUCUUCCAGCGGGUGCUCCGCGCCUCCUUCCCCCUCCAGCUGCUGUUCUUCCUCCUGCUGCUGCUCUGCUGCCUGGUGCCGCUGGCUGACGACGACUUCAGCUGCACCCUGGCCAACAACUUCGCCCGCUCCUUCUACCCCAUGCUGCGCUACACCAACGGGCCCCCACCCACGUGAUGCUGCACCGAGGGGCCCCCACCCACGUGAUGCUGCACCGAGGGGCCCCCACCCACGUGAUGCUGCACCGAGGGGCCCCCACCCACGUGAUGCUGCACCGAGGGGCCCCCACCCACGGUAUGCUGCACCGAGGGGCCCCCACCCACGUCUCCCUUCCUUUAUAUUUAUUGUCAUUUAUUAUGAAGAAAGACAAACAAGAAGCCAUUUAUUUCUCAUUUAUUUCUCAUUUAUUUCU